GCUCUUCUGUUGGUGUCAGCAAUGGAGUUAUGUAUGUCUGGUGGAGAAGAGGGUUUAAAAGUAAAUGGUUUAAAGGAAGUUCAUCUCAUGCUGAAAGAAGAAGUAGAGAAGUCCCAGUCACUGUUGAAUUCCAGCCAUGAUAAAGCAAUCAAGGUACAUGUGUACAUAUGCAGUUGAAUUGAGUUGUAGCAUGACUCCUUCCCUUACAUUCUUACAAAAAUGUAUAGUGAACCCUAGGUUGUUGGAGUCGCAAGCAGAAGCAAAGAAAUAAUAAUAAUAAUAGUAAUAAUAAUAGUAAUAUAAGAGUAAGUCUUAACGAACAGGAAAAAAUACCAAGACUUAAAAAGAGAGUGGAAGCGUCUAUGAAAUUGUAAAGAAGUUGUGCUUGUACCGAUCAUCAUUUGUGCCCUCAGAACAGUCAGUAAAAGAUUCCAUCUGUAUCUAAAGAAAGCAGAACUUGAUGGAAGUGUAAUAACCACAAUUUAUAACAAUAGUAAUGAUGCACAAGAUUGAAAAGACAUUGAAUAAUACUCUACAAUGCAGUACUUGUACCUAAACAACUAUAGAAAUACCUACAGUUCUUUGUCUACUAUCAUUAAUCAUGUGCCAAGCAAUGACUUAUAAAUAAUAAUGGUCAACUUCAGCCACAUACAUGUAAGUUGAGACCAUAAGUGCAUUUUUAUUACUGUUAAUUUUCUUUUAGUGGUGCACCUGCCAGAUUAAGUAUCCCUGUGGCUCUUUGGACACUGCAUUUGGUGACCUGACCAGAUAUUUAGAGAAAAACCAUAAAAAUCAUGCUGCCCUCCCUGUGGUUUCUGCUGUACACUUGAGGAACAUGUGCCUGUUCGAUGUGCAGGGGAAACUGCCCAUGUGUUUGGAAGCAGAAAGAAGGAAGACAUUUGUGUCUUGGCCUCACAAGGAAUACAGGUACACGUACAGUGAAACCUGGACAAAGACAAUUUUUGUCUUGGCUUGUCUUGAGGAAUACAAGGUACAGGGAAAGGGUCGUGGAUCCCCCAAAUUGAAAAAGACCAACUGGCAGAUGUUUCAGAGUCAAAGGGGGGGUCUUUUUUUUAGCCCUUCUUCAAUUGUAAAAUAAGGGGGCCAUUAGAAUAAGUGCUUUAAAACUGAAAAUGCUGUCAGGGGAUGAUUGUGUACUCCUUUCAUCUGAUACUUUGAUACUUUAUAGAACAAUAAAGGCAUGCUAAACACAUCGCCCCUUGACCCUGAAAUAUUAAAAACAUGUGCAGGGGUGAAUUAAGGUGGACAUUUACACCCCUUGCCAAAGAUUUGUGGAUCUGCCCUUGCCAAUCAAAUUGUUAGCCUAGCAGUAAUUUUUCAAAUAAUCGUAUUUGUGAAUGACCUUCAUAGCUCUCCAGGGUCAAAAGAAAUAAAAAAGACUUGCCUGUUCCAUUGUACCUUUUGUGCAAAAUAAUAUAUGAAAUGUUACUUACUUGCAAGGAAAAUCCUUCUGUUUUCAAACCCCACAAUAUUCAUUAUCAUUCCCAUAACUUUACCUCAAUAUGACUACAUGUAGUUGAAUGCCGGGUGAGUCUAGAUAGUAAUUUUUUGUUUUGUAAGUUACAUUUUAUUUUUGUAUUUGCUCUUAAGGUGGGCAUACCCUGAAGCUAUGGCAAAAGCUGGCUUUUACCAUCAGGUAAUCUUGAGUAUAGUAUGCAGAAUGUAUACAUGGCAUAAUGUUUAACCUGUACAUGUACAUUGUAUUAAUUUGAAGGACUGCAAGAAAGUUUUUAAACUAUAGUUAAAACUAUAGUCCUUACAAGGGAAGGUAUACUAUUGCCAGAUUUGUCUGAUGAACUGAAACAGGGUUUAACCCCAAAAAGACUUACAAGGGGUGGCGUGCACUAUAAUCUUCCGUGUGUAAAAAAAAACCCUCAGACGGGAAGGCACACUGAUGACUGGCUUGUGUUGUGGACUGACAGGGGUGUUAACCACAAAUCUGUUAAGGAGAAGCCACUUUGGUCUCUGUAGGUGGCAAUGAUUAAUUUUAGUCUAAAUUCUCUUUCAGCCAAGUAACCGAGGAGAUGACAGAGCUCUUUGCUUCACUUGUAAUGUUUGUUUGGUGUGCUGGGAGCCAACAGAUGAACCAUGGUCAGAGCAUGAACGUCAUUGCCCAGAUUGCUCAUUUGUUAGAGGAGACCACACCAAGAAUGUACCUAUGUCAGGUAAGGGACGAUACUGGUCAGUGUUCAGUCUGUAGGCAUAUACCUAGUAGUUUGCUAAGUCAAAAAAAUGAUGUAGCAAACUACUGGGUAUGUGGUAUUUUAUUUAAGCUGACACAUGUUUUGGGCAGUGUGAGAGGUUUUUCAAGUAGUGUUUGCCUUAAACUUAGCUCAUUCAUCAAGUUUGUUACUCUCUUUUUCCCCUUUAUUUUUUUUUCUACUGGUAUAUGAACUUCUGUUAUGUGUGCUUGUUUUCUUUUGCAUAGGGGCUAAUGGCUGGGUUGAUGGGUUUUGCUGCCAGGGGGGGGGGGAGGGUGGUGUUAUCGGGUGUUGUCCAAUCAAAACUUACCCAAAGUCUACAGCCCUGGAUACUACUGUUCAUCACUAGUACAUCUAUUAAUUAUAAUUUCACUGCCACAUGACUUCUUAUCAUAUUACAAGGGGUUGGGUGCAUGAAACUUAAAAGUACUUUUUGUAAAGUGAUCCUGAAUGAUUUUGUUGUUGUUGUUGUUGUUGUUGUUGUUGUUGUUUUUUGUAGUAUCACUGGCCACUGCACCAGGUUAUGACCAUCAGACCGCGGCUCAAGUCAAGGUAAGUGUAUGAAAAAAGUAAAAAGAAAUGUAAACUGAUAUAAGUUCUUAUGGGCCAGAGCACAAACUAAAAUUAAUGAAAUGCAAGCUAAAGUAAAUCACAGAGAGUGACUUGUCAGUUUUCAGAAAUGAUAAACCGGCAACUCUCAAAGCAUCCUCAACUAAUUGGAGGUACUUUCUGGGCCCCAGUUGUUCAAAAGGUAGAUAAUGCUAUCCAGUGAAAAAAUCUCUAUCCAGUGGAUAGUGCGAUUGGUUUUUCUAAUGAUUAUCUGCCGGAAAGUGAUUUAUCCAGUGGAUAGCACUAUCCAACGUUUGAAAAAUUGGGGCCACGUCAUUUUAGAAUUUGGUCUUGUUAGUUUUGGAGAGAUCAGAAACUGUAGAGGAGUAACCAGAGGAAAGCCUUUGAGAGCUCUGAAGAGUGCCAACAAUAAACUCAACUCACAUAUGGCAUCAAUGCUGGGAAUUACAACCAGGUAGAGUGCUCUUAGCACUGCACCAGCCCUUUUCUCCUAAGGUGUUAAGCACCGACUAAACAAUCCAAAAUUUUCAUCCAACAUUUUGUUGGAAGAGAAUGUUUCACUUUUUAGCUCCCUCUCUUCAACUUUGCAUUAUUUUUAAAUUUCUUCUGAUGCUUUUCCUUUGGUAUUUUUAUGUGUCAUUUUGCAUUGUAAACAAAUGUUUGGUAGUUUAGUGGCCAACAAAGCAAGCUCAAGUGGGAAAGGCAACCAACCAGAAACCAAGUUCAUAACCAUAAUAAAAUUAAUAAGUAAAUAAAUAACAAUUUAAAGGUACAGUGUGUAGCACAUCCAUGUAGUGUUCUUUGUCUACCAUUCCUGGUCAACUUGGGGUUUGGAAAUGUUGGUUUAUUUUGAGGAGAAGGGAAAACUGGAGUACCCAGCAAAAAAACCUCUCAGAGCAAAGGAGAGAACCAAUAACAAACUCAACCUACAGAUGGCAUUCACACCCGACCACAUAGGUGGGGGGUGAGUGCUUUCACCACUGUGCCACCCUUCAGGUGCAAUAAUUGCAAAGCCUCAUUUGGAUGCACUCUGUUCAAUUUUUAUUCUGACAUCUUUUUCUCAUUUAGCCACACCAUGUUGUGUUGGACACAGACAUGAUGUUGGAUGAAAAUGUUGUGUUGUUUUCGCAGGGCUUUAUGAAUGUUGCACUGUGCAGUUCAGGAGUGCUUGCACUCUUUAGUUUUAAAUAAGGUUACCAUAUAUCUACAGUUGUAUGCCUUUUUCCAGCAUUUGUUAAAUUACUUUUCUGGUUUUCUCUUUUAGUUUAUCAGUGAAAGCUCAUGUUGCCAUUAUAUAGUGACAUGUAGUGAAAAUGGCCGAAUUAUCAUCUGGAACAUCCAAGACGAACUAAAGGUUGGAAGUGAAUAUUUAAAUAUUGUUUUGUUUAGCCAGGCCAGGCAUACCCAAAUAAUGCUAAAAAUUUUACAGCAACAGUGUAGUGCCAAAAAGGUAAAAUUUGUAUAGUUUUAUCACAGGAAAUAGGAAAUGAAGCCUUAAAGAUCUACAAUUUAAGUGUGGCUUAGGAUUUACUUGACUUUCUAAACAUACCGUUCUAUAACAGGUAGCCAAAUGAGAGCCAAGGACGUAUAUACACAUCCUCUCCUUACCAAAUAAGAGCCAAGGACGUAUAUACACAUCCUCUCCUUACCACAGGAUUUCUUCCGGUUGCUCAGCAUUUUUGUCUGUGGUUGUUUGAAAGGGUCUGAGAAGGAAUAACGUUAACCACUGACCUAAAUGUUUUUUUGAAGGAGGUUAUUAAAGGUUACAUCACAAGUUGAUGUUGUGUUGUCAAGUAUUGAAAGAAGCUGCCAUGUUAGUUCUGACUACCUGGCCAAACAACUUACAUUUUCACUGUAUUUUCUUGUUUAAGGUAAUUCCCUUGAAAAGGGAAAUGUACUAUCCAGAUUUUUUUCAAACUUGACAAAAAUGUCAACCAUGUAUAGGACAUUCAUAUUUUGCAGUAAAAGGAUGGGGUCACUGUGCUUAUUUUUGCCCUGUGUGCCCAUAAUUCUGCGUGUUAUUUCCUAGUUGCGCAUGAAAUGCUUGAAACUUGAACAACCGAAAAAAAUUGUUGAAUUAUGGCAAAAAAUAAGAAUUUUACUGAAACCUAAAGAUGACUAUUUCAAGCAACCAACAUAAAAUAAUGACUCUUUCAUCCGUUGUGUUUAUGUCUGUCUUUUCUUUUCACCAAAGAUCCAUACUGAGUUCCAAGUAGCGUUACCUACUGAAACUGACAAAAUGCAAGAGUGUGACAUGUCAACAAACUUAGGCCCUCCAAAGAGCUUUGUUGCUUGGUCAGAACCAGAGAAACUGGAAACACAGGAAAAAUGUACAGAACAGGAAAGAAUGUGAAAAACAUCAGCGAGGAAGCAGAGAAUCAGUGUGAUGAAGGCUGUGACAAGGAAACACUGUCCUCAACGAAUUCCUGUGAUCAAGGCCUCGUAAAGAAAGGUGCUGCCACUUGUGACAUUAGAGACCAGCCCCAAGAUCCACCUACAAAUUCUCCAGACCGAUGUCCAUAUAUUUCCUUACAGACAUUGUUGAUAAUUCUGAUAACAUUUUUUCUGGAUUGACCUUUUUUCUCGUUUAUGAUAAUUUUAUCAAUUAAGCUUUCUGUGUAACUGACCACCUACCCCUCCCCUAAGUCACAAUUUUUCCCUAAGUGAGAGUGUUAAUGUUAACUUAGGGGAGGGUUAGGUGGUCAGUUAGUCAGAAACCUCAAUUGAUGCGAUAAUUCUCAUAACCUUUUCUCUUACCCCUCCCCUUAGUCUUAAUUUUGCCUAAGUGAGAGUACGGUAAGUGUUCAUGUUAACUUAGGGGAGGGGUAGGUGGUCAGUUUCUCAGAAACUUCAAUUGUUUUGAUAAUCUUCAUAACCUUUUCUUUACCCCUCCCCUAAGUCUUAAUUUUGCGUAAGUGAGAGCUAGUGUUCAUGUUAACUCAGGGGAGGGGUAGGUGGUUAGUUAGUCAGAAACCUCAAUUGCUCCGAUAAUUCUCAUAACCUUUUCUCUUUGAUGUCAGUGUUUGUUAUUUUAGGAAUGUUGUCUUUGAUGUCAUUUUCAGGCAGUGGUGGCAUGGCAAAAUGUUGGAUUACUGCCCUUUGCUACUUUUUAAUUUGCAGCUGAGCAGAAGAGCACAGAUGUUCCAUCUCAAAGUAAAGAUCCAGAAGAGCAAAGUCUAAAGGACAAGCUGAAAGUUUGUGCCGUGUCUCUUGUUUGUUCGUGUGGAAAGGAUCCCACCAGCACUGCAGGGCAGAAAUGUCAAUCAUUUAGACACACAGCCACUUUAUUUCUUGCAGUAUACGUUGAAAAGCAUUCUCCUUCAAGUGAUACUGAAAAGACAGAGGGCAAACACAUAUCGUUUUUAACAGCAGAGGGUUGCUCCUGUCCUUACAUUUUGGUGUAUGACAUUAUGGCAAAUAAAGAAAAUUCUGCAAAGCCACAAUUCAAUGUAGAUAGCUGUAUUGAACUUGAAAAAGAAAUGAUGUUGCAGGACCCGUAUACAACUUCUGGGAGUGAAGAUGAUUGGAUGUACGAUCAGUUGCCAAUUCUUCCACCGGAUUCUCUUAACCUUCACUCUUCUGUGCUGCAGAAAUUUGCCGAGGCCAUCGCUGGGGAGGAAAACAUCAAGAAGUCAAAGGUUAACAAAUGUAAAGAAGGAAAUAAAUGCGCAAAGCUUGUUCAAUGCUUGGAGUUAUCAGGAAUUUGCAAUGGUCGGCUUUGUAAAGUAACAGAAAUUGUUCCUUUUGGGGAUGGUCAGAAUAUUUUAGUUAAUCUUCAUUGUUUUAAUAAUUAUUUUAUUGACAAGGGUUUACACAUUAGUGAAAACAACCCAGAAAGUAAAGAAUCAGGGCAAUCCAGUGACAAUUGUACAGCUAUAUCAGGAAGUGAUUCUGCAUCAAAUGGGAAAUGUCCAAGACCUGAAAGUCUUCCUCAAAGCACUCUUGCAGUGUACAAAAUAGCAAGCAGUGGUGGGGAAAGAACGUUGUCCUCACAGCCCACAUUAACAAAGCAGUUUCCCUCUUCUGAUGGUAUUCUUAGUAACUUAGUUACCCUCCCAGUGGAGAGCCACGAACUUUUGCGACACCCAGCUGGCCAUUUUCAAGAGCUAGAAAGCGUGUGUUCCGAAUCCAGGCAAUUUCUUGUUGGUGCUUUCAACGAUAGUGUUGUAAUAAUCGAUGCAGAUUCUCUGAAAGUUGUUACUAAGUUUAAGGCCUCCAGCCAAGGUACAAAGAUAUCGCAUAUUUUAAACUGCCCUGGAAUGGACUGCCUCUGUGUGUGCUGUGAGGAUGGAGUAAUGCACUUUUUGGGAUUACGGAAUCGGCUGCAGGUUAAAGAAGGUACAGUGACAGCAGAAGACAGCAAAGAUGGUUCAUCUAUCUCCGAAGCACCUCUGGGAAGCUGUAGUUCACAGUCAGGUAAAUUUGAUUAGGAAGCUAGUCGAGCCGCCCGAGUUUUUACUCUCCUGAAUUGUUAGUGCAGCUUUUUUUUAUAUUUUUACAAAUGUGGAUAGAAAUUUAUCCGUUGGAUAGUAUUAUCCACCCUUUUCACGACUGGGACCAGAUGGAAUAGACUGGAUCAUGUUACAUUUGUAUAGUUUAUAUAAAUCAUGGUUUGACUUCGUUUCUGUAGCUGCUGCUUUCAACCCAGAUCAGCCCAUUUCUAUGGAAUUUCUUCAGCAUUUGGUUCAGCUGACGGACUUUGUGACACUGAUGCCAAGGUUUACAGCAUCUGUUCCCUCCUCGUGGGUUGAAGUUCAACAAGAUCAGCAGCGUCUUCAUCAACACACCUUGGUCGAUCCAGUGUUGCAUACCAGAACAUGGAAAGUACGAUCAGAUGGCAGUAGGUAUGUAUGAGCCAUAAAAGAGCGCUGUCACGGCAAUGUAUUUCACUGGGUUAAUAGGUAGGUUAAGUAACAGCGACGGCGACGGUUAGGUAUCAAUUCUCGUUAGGUUAUUUGCUCAAACAAGCUAGUAUGUUUUUAACCAGGUAAUGUUUCAUUUGCUUUGUUGGUAAUCAACUGUCUAAACAGGGAUAUUAUCUAUUUAAUUUUAUUCAUUAUCGUCCCUAUUCCUCAUCCUUCCCCACCCUUCGAAAGUUAGCCUUUUCCAAGCCCUAGGAUUUCACGGUAACGAUCGUCUCCACUCCUUCUUUCCGUUGAUAUCAAUGCCAUCAAUACUUCAUAUCUUGAUUACUUUUAAACGACGUUAGGAGCCACAGAAAGUUUUGACGAAGCUCACAGUGGAAUGAUACGCCUGUAAUGAUGUAAAAAAUUAGAGUUAUUGAGGAAGGGGCCGUGGGGGUUAAUUUUUUCCCUGCCAACUCUAUUCGCACAUUGUAUCUUCAUGCCUCGAGUUCUCAAUAGAAGAAACUCUGAGACAACAUGCACGUAUGCAAGCAGUACAGUGUAAAAUUGUUGUUAAUUGCGUCUGUUUGUACUGCUAAAAUUCAGUGCCUCAUCUGUUACCUAUUAAUCGAGAAAUUUCUUUUUCUGCAGAUUUCUGGGGAGGGAGCAACUGGUGGAGGUUGUUCUUCCGAGAUAUUGUCACGUGGGCCACAUCGAUAUCAGAUUCUCGCUCAGCCCCAUGAUCACUCAGCCCACCACAAGUGUGUACCUUCUGAACCCACCUUACGUCAGCUCUUUUAAGUCCUGUCAGAACGCCUCUGCCCCUGCCUUGGCAGAACAAGACAAGAGAGGAAUGCUGGCCUCUGCUCAAGAUCAAGGCCAUGUGGUGUGUGGCCCUGUAAGUUUAAAGCUAGGGCUUGACAGCACUGGGCGGCAUGGGCGUGUCACUUUGACCAGCCCGAAAUUGGUCAAAUCCAGCGGUCGAGUUUUCUUGAUUGUGUUUGACAGUCAAGGGCCGAGUGAAGAUCUCUCUGAGGUGUCCAUCACAGUGACACGGUUUAAAAACAACUCCACUUUGGAAUGCCACAAAUUGAGAAGCAGCUUGCUGGAAAACAGCAGCGUCAGGCUGCUUGAUAUUGUUGUCGGAUCUCUGCCAGUGCACGGAGCAGCUAGAGACGAAGAUGGCAGGAAACUUGCUCUUGAACUACUCUGCUGGAUUGCUGGCGUGUGUGUCAACUACAAAACAGGGUUAGAUUCAUUAUUACUUACCUUAACAUCUUUUAAAUGCACGGCCGAAAAGUACCACGUGUACUGAUGCAGGGUCCAAGAGAGUCUGGUUUUUGGGCAAUGAUUUACCGUAAACUGCUGCUUAUAAGCUCCCUCCACUCAAGGAAGAUAUCAAGUUCAGCUUACUUGAACACUUUGUGCCUCGUUGGACGAUGUCAAAUCGCUCCUGUGCCCAGACAACCAAUGGCAGCGCCAUUCAACCAUAAUCCGACCUGGUAGACUUGAUCGCAUGAAAUUAUGAUCAGUCACGUUUAUUUGUACAGCUAAAGUCGCAUCAGAAAAUAAUAGGCCAUUUCCGAGUUCCAAAAAAUCUCACUUUCAAAGCGAGGCUAAGUGCGAAGCCAUUGAUAUGAAAAUGAUUUUUAAUUAUGAUGCAAAUAAAACUCAUUUUCACGACAAAGGUUUCGCACUUGGCCUCGUUUUGAGAGUGAGAUUUUUUGGAACUCGGAAAUGGCCUAUUGGAAUCAAGGUCAAAUGUAGAGCUUUGUUGAGUAGGACCUUUUUGUUUUGUUUUGUUUUGUUUUGUUUUUUUUUUGACUAGGGAUUACAGGGAUAUGACAUUGAUACAGGAGGUGGAAGCUUACCUGCCUAAGUUGAUUCAAACGUGUUAUCUCUCUUCUGGGCGAAGUAUCGCUCACAAGUGUAGCCGACUUCUGAUGAUGUGCGCAAGGUAGACAACCAAUUUUUACUAUUCAGAGUUAUUUUUCUUCCUUUCCUUCGCCGUCGUAUUUUAUUCAAGCUCCACGUUUCCCUCGUGAUUUACAGUCCGCACAUGAAGCGCAUAAAAAAGAGGCUUGUUGUUGCCUGUAAGUAAUGGUAGUAGGACUUAAGUGGACUAAAGUGUAGCCGAGGACGAAACGAAUUCCUGUUACCUAUUAUUUAACUCAUCAAUAGAGAUGAGCGUGGGGGAAGAUGCCUGUGAGGCUUGCGGAGCCCCGAACGGCAGCUCAGUGCAGUGUGCAACCUUGACAACCCUGUGAGUGGCAUCCACCCAGGCACCGUCACGCAGCUAACCAGUGGAACCUAACAUACUUCCCAUAAGCAGGGGAAGGGUAGGGAGCAGAAAAAAACUAUACCAGCACAAGCCACGAAAGGCAAAGACACGCGAUCGUAAUGGCAUGAGCUCAAGAGAAAGGCUGUAAAAAGACCCAUGAGCGCCUGCGAUGCGAUUAGGGCGCCCCCGCAUGUCUCCGACGAGAGACUGCCGGCCAGCCAUGUCUCGAGUUUAUACUAAGCCUAAAUUUCAUGUAGCCACAGUUCAUCACUGUAACAAAAUUUGACAACAAUACAGAGCUAACUUGAAGGUUUCGUUAAUCAAAGCAUAGGAUCGUCCUUUUUUUCUUCCCGCAUCUCUGUGUCUGGAUGUCGGGUGAAACACUGCCUCCUGUGUUUGAUAGUGGACUGGGUCAGUGCGAGUUGCACUGUGGCACUUUUUUGGGGGACAAAUUGUAACCUAGAUUCCUUUGCGAUCUCUUAACAGCCAAUAAAAGAAGCGACAGCAUCCCAAAACAGUCCCAUAAUUUAGUUCGCCACAACUCCUACCCAGCCACACGAAUAUCCUCAAAAUGUCCAAUAUUACCUCUAGUGCGUUACCAGAUGUACUGAGAUUUUUUUUAUAAACUUUUCUCUUCUUCUUUUUUUUUUUUCAGGAAAGCCGUAAGUACCAGGACGUCCACUGACUCGACAUCGUCUUUCAGGAGAUCUCUGUUGAAUGCAAUCCUUGAUGUUUUACAAGACACCCCAUGUGCAGUAUCAUCUGGAGCUGUCCACUGGCUUUUUAAGUUGCUAACAGGGUUUGCAGCCCAAGCAGACGCCUCUCUGACAAGUGUUGUUUGCUUGGAAUUGCUGGAAUUUCUGUCAUCAAAGCUUGCUACCACAAGAUUUCCUGAGCAUCUUGCUUUACGUUCCAGGUUAGAUUGCCAACAACCGGUUCGCUACUUGUUGCAUUCGCUACGUCCUAGUUCGCGACAAAUUCGCUACGCAUUACUUUUGGUAAACCACUGAAAAUAGUCCCUUAAUCGCUCUAGAAAAAAAUCUUUUAAUAUAUUUCUGGUUCUUUUAAGCUUGCCCGUCCAAGGGUGCAAGUUUUGGACUUUGCCUUUGGGCUGCUUUCAAUCGAUAUUAAACAAUAUUUACUUCGGUUAUUUGUCAGAUAUGGAUUGUAUGGCUGCCCACUUGAUCCUGUCCUAUUCGAUUCUGUGCCGCAAUCCUGCAACCAACAACAAAGUUCGCCAGUUGUCAGCAACCUGACUGCACCAUCUUUGGCCAGCAAGUGUGUGAGUUCUGUUUCUACUUCCACUGUGGCCUCAACUUCUGAACAAGUCUCAUGGAGCAGUGUGAAUUCGUCGCUGGCUUCUCAGGGUCUCCUGGAAGUCCAGCCUCUUCAUUUUGUGUGUUGUUCUACUAGCGAUGGUGCCAGAGUGGAGAGGGGUGAUAUACAGCCAGUGAAAGGGAGCCUGGGGCCUGUGGGAGCACCUGUUGCUGUUCCUUUUAUGGCUUCAGCAAUGAGCAUGCCUCCAUCUACAACUUUGCCAACUGAUUCGGCAUCUUUGGUUGCUCUGGAACAAGAACUUCAAGUGUUAAAGGUAACAGUGUUAAUUGAUUAAAACGCACUUACCGUCAAUUCUCUCUAAGACGGACAUAUUUGGGACCGGCACUGAGUGUCCGUCUUAUAGAGAGUCAAAUAAAAAGAGUAAAGAAAGGCAUGGACCAACUCUGAACUCUAGGUGUCCGUUUUAACAUGGUGUGUGUCUUUUAGAGGUGUUCGUUAAGAGGCAGUCGUCGACUGUACGUGUUAAGAUACCUUACAAAUCAAAAUCUCCGUCUCGUGAACAGUUUCAGUCAAGUUUUAUUCAACAAAAACGAGACUGUAUUCCAACCGUAGCCUUUCAUCUCUGCAAAGAAGCUUUUCAGCACAAGUUGAAGUUGUUGUGGAGAAAGUGAAAAGAACAGUGACAUUACUGACGUUAUACGAUGACCUACCCUUUUGCUUUUCUCUCUCCAGUCCUUUUUUACUGCAGGGGAUAGAUUCUCUUCAACUUAACGGGAUGUGCGAAUUAACAAAGUUCCAGGAGGCGUUCAAAAAGUCUAGAUCGGGUUAGCUUUUGAAACCCAGUCCCUAACCCUUUGUAAUGUAGUGACUAAAGGGAUUGAUCGAAUCCAGGUUUUCUUGACGCCUAGUUCCAAUUAGCCAAUACCUUAUGGCUGUAAGAAUAGGCUCCAAUUUCGAAGGAUAAAUGCACGUUGUUCUAGAUGUUUAAUUUGUAUCGUUUCUUCCGUUACUAUGGCUGCUGACCGGGUAUUACAGUCAAACCCCGUUAAUAUUGAGGCUGUGCGGGCCAUAGAAAGUGUCCGUUUUGACGGGGUGUCCGUAAUAGCUGGUUCAAUUAAGCGAAAAUGUAAGGGCUUUCUUUCCCUAGGGACAAAGCAAACUGUCUGUAAUAAUGAGAGGUUUUACUGUACUCUGUGUUCCUUUUGUAAUACAGCAGCACCAGCAGCAGCUAGUCAGCCUGCAGCAACACAAAGAGCAACUGGAGAAGCACAAGAAGGAGUUGGAAGACCUGUCCUUGUGGUCUUUGUGGUCCAAAACUGAUCCAUGGAUGCCUCCGCCCCCCAGCGUGCAGGCAUUUCCACCACCCACCCUGGCACAGCUUGCCUCUCCAUCAGCUUCCUCUCCCAUCAACCUUGCUCAACAGAAGAAGCAAGCAGGUUCUACCCGGAAACAGGAAGGGACAAACGGAGCUCCCGUGUCACAGCCUGUUCAGCAGCAUGUCAUGCAGGUAUAAAUAGUCCCCCCCAGAGGGGUGGUACUCCCUAUAAUGGCCUAUACGGGGAGGCUUCGUCCGAAAGGGGUACCUUUUUCAGGCUUCGGGUCUAGGAAGGGGUAGGGAUUUCACUAGUUGAAGCAUAUGAAAGGGUAGAGAAAUCCGUCAUUUCGGUCGGUUAAAAAGUCCAAAAGGGCUACCAAUGCAUUUAUAGCUGUGGAAAGUGAUUUACACGGCAUUUCAUUUACAGCAGUUGAAAGGGAUGCAAAGUUUGAAACUAGGUAUGUGAAAGAGGUACCAUUUGUCAAUGGAAGGUCUACGAAAGGGGUACCUUUUCUGCCAAAAAUGGUAUAUAAAAGGGUACGGGGUCGCACCUCUGGCCGGAGCCUCCCAGUAUAAAACUUUUUUGAGGACCCCUCCCUUCCUCGGUUUUUCACCUUUCCACAUGGACCCAUUCGACAUCGCCGGAAAGAGUUCCUAGCAGGUGCUGUACAGCGCACACUUUACCUAAGGAAUUUAAAAUCACUUUGUCAAUGAAAAUUUUCGCAGUAGUUAGGUAAGAAAAGAGGUGUACUGCGCUGAUGAGGUUCUGUUUUCUCUACAGCUUCCUCAUCCCCAGGUGCUUGUUAUUGACCGUCUUCACGCAGGCGCUCGUCACCAUGUUGUUGUAGACUUCGGCUGUGUUGUCCAGUUGACAGAUAUAUUAAUCCCUCAGUGCACGGACAUUAUGUCGCUGUCUAUUGAUGUUUGGUCUCAGUGGGAUGAUCCGGAUGUGCAGAGGAUUGCCGCGGUGUCAGAUAUUAAUCUCUGCGCGUGUGUUCUGAAAGACAUUUUACCACCGCCGCUCUGCAGAUACGUCAAGGUAAGCCGUCUACUUCUUUUUUCUUUGAAAGGUAUCAAAAUAAGAACAUUUGAGGCGAGGGCGUUCCUGAAAGAUGACAUUUCCUGUGCGAAAUAAAAAUAACGUAAAGCCAACCAUCCACGCAAUCAAGUGACAAGCUAUCAGUGAAUUGAAUUGACCAUCAACAAACCUUUUUUUUAAUUUAUCGGCAAAUCUAUGCUGACAUCACCGAAAUAUAUUUUUGUUACCAUAGUAUCAUGAGCUUAUCAUUCAGUGAUAAAUUCCCCACGUCAGGGCCUUAGGCUCUCGCCUCGCGAGGAAUAGGCUCAUGUAAACAAUGAUUUGCCUAUUUGUGACUUACCUCCACAUUUCAUUUAUUUUCACAAGGUGACAGUUGUUGGAAGACCAAAAAAUAAUGCAAAGGCUCGAGUUAAGAUUGGCGAAUUCUAUGGUUAUGCAUUAUGUGGUCAGACGUCCUUGAAUGGAGAAACUUCCCUGCUGAAUGCCAGUAGUCAGGACCAACAGUGCCUACCAAUACUGCAGAAUCUUUUGGAGGACAUUCACUGUCACUACAACUUGACUUGUACCCAACUGAGGAUGCUGUUACAGUCCGCAGAACCACGGAGCCCCAGGUUCGAUAUCACUGGAAGGGGUGCAUCGCUCACUGAAGAGGAAAGGAAAGUCCACAAAGCGUACAAUGAGUGUAUGGAGCUCCAACACCAACUCAACCUUGUCGAGCAGUCAAUCUGUAGACUGACGUCUACUACAGAAAGCGGCCGUGCGGCUUCGUUCCUUGAUGAUGCCAAGUAUGACCACAUACAGGUCAUUUGCAACUGUUUGUUAGACACUGUGGUCACCCUUAUGGGUGUUGGUCCUUCUUUAGAUGGCUUUUUGGCAAAGUCCAAACUAACAGUCGAAUGGCAGCCCUGGUUGAGUCAAGUGACGCCAGUGAUGUGUGAAGGUCUGUUCAGGAAUCUCUGCGUUCAUGGCUCUCCCCAGAAGCGUGAGAGGGUUGGAGCCCUUCUUCUGAAUGCGUGUGGAAGUAGACCAUGGUGGGGUGAAUUUUUGUCCAGCGUUUUGAAAGAGUUCUUUUCUUCAAGCCAGAAGUGUACAUUUCCUCAAGAAAGGUACGGUAGUGAAACUUUUGUAUUUAAAGUGUGUUGAUAAAGAAAAGAAUGCUGUAAUGAGGUUGUAGUAUUGUAUGCGAUCAUUCCGCGAAACACGUUCCAACAGAAAACCUGCUGAAUACUGAAUAUUCUGCUUUUCUGGCGUGCUGUGGUAUGUGGUGGGUACACUCAAGUCAUAAAAGUUAUCUCUUGUUUAUGAAUUCGCCUUAACUUCGGCAAUUCAGUUUAGGGCCAAGUAUUAGCUAUUAAAGUGCAUAUGACACGAAGUUUGUUUUGUCGUAUUUUAUUCUUAAAUAUGUGUAAAAUAUGAAUCCGAGAUUUAAACUCGUCAAAAAUCUUGCAAAACUUAUUUUUUGUCUUGGAAACACGCAAAUUUUCCUCUUGAAAUGGCCGCCUUAUCGCAAGGCCAAAUUGAGAAGUAUGACGUAGAAUAAUUGACAAGAAUGUCGAAUAAUCAACAAGAUGGCAGCAAUACGAAGGAUCGUCGUUGUCUCAAUCUGUUGUCCUCAAUCACCUUCAGAAUCUUCAGUUGCUUCGCAAUACCUUUUUCACAGUCAAAUACAUUGCUUAAUUCCACAAAACUCAAAGCAAUGACUAUAAUCGGAAGCGAGGCUGAGCAAAUCACCUGACGUCACAUGAUGUCAUCAGCCUUUCUUGGGUCCUUUAAUUCGUUCCUAGUCUCUCGAGGGAAAAAGCAGUUUUAAAUGGCCAAAAUUCAAGAAAUUGUUUGAAGGACACAUUUGUAAAGUUCAGAAUUGUUAAUUAAACUAUCUGAGGACCGAAUUCAGUGUCAAACCAUUUUGCACUUUCUAUUUCCAGGUUGUUUGCUGUAAUAGUGAAUUUGAGCCAGCAGUCUCCCUCCGUGGAACCAGUGCUUACAAGUUUCUUGAGUCUCUUAGAUGAUCUUCUUCCCCUUAAGAAACUCAAAGUAGAUAUAGAGUCAAUAGACCUGACAUUGGUUGGGUGGCUGUUGCUCCUCUUGGCGCAUGUACUGGACGCGUGUAUAGUUCAAUGCAAACCCUCAGCCACUGCAGUAGGUAAGGAAAAUAAUUUUCUCUUUGUUGGGCUGCCUGUGACCAAAACCCAAUAAUGUCUGAGAAGCGUGUACGUCGAAAAAGGACAAAUUGGCGGAUGCAUAACCAAAAGGGAGUUGCAUGUUGCAUUCCCCCUGCGAUAGGACGAUUACUUGACUUUUGGGGGAAGGGGGAUGGUCUUUCAGGUAAAUACAAUCAGACUUGAAACUACUUGAACUUUUUAAUAGGCCACUGUAUCAUGCAGCUGGUAGACCAAUGUACCCCAUUUGGGGUCUCAUUUGUUAUGUUAUGUUGCUUACUUGAAAGUCAAACCCAAAAACCCAGUUACGACUUAUGGACAUUUCUAGCGACAACAAUUUGCCGUCUGUCCCCUUUGAAUACCUUGGCUGAUAGGAGAUUUUGAAUGACGCUGAAGACUCUGACAGCCUUUAUCUCAAUUUUAAAUGUCUCACUUUGUGUCUCACUUUGGUAGUCUGCUAUUUUGUAGUACUAAAUGAAAUUCAGUUUAAAAUGGGUUCAGCAUAUUUUAAUUCUCAAUUUUUUUUGUCUCUUAACAAAAAACGAUGGUUCAAAUCCACGGCGUGGGUGUCCUGUGGGUAAAAACGUGCCAACACUUUUUGUCCAACAGUGUAGGUUCCCAGAAUUGUAAUUUUCUUUUCCACUAUCAGAUGACGCAGACACUUCUAAAGUAUCAAAUGGCAAAAACGGAGGGACAUCGACAUCUAGCAAGAGCAAAUCGUCGAAAUCUUCCAAGAGUAGCAAAUCCAGUAAACGAAGCCGAUGGGACUUCAUGCUUCCGAUGCCGUCAAGCCAACCAGCGAGCUCUGCAAGUGAUAUCAGCUCUUACCGCUAUCAGCGUACUCAUAAGUUGAUGAGCAAGUACGCACUACCAAAGAAGACAUUGACUGAGUCGCAGUUACAGCAGAGCAUUAUCAAGGGCAAUGGCAAACAAGCUUACAGGGUAAUGGCUAUGGUUUUACUAUACGCUACUCUGCUUCACAGGCUAUCAGGCUUGCUGAGAAUAGUAAGUUAGGGAUGUCACAGCAUCAGCGUGCGUCUCGACGGAUCCUGAGAGAUAUUGAGAUUUCUGUGAAGAAGACUCCUCUGUAUUUUACGCGGAUUGCCGACGGAAAUUAUAGGCUCGCAAGAAUGUCUUGACUAAUUAUUUCUAAUAAGUGGUGACAGACUUGAUAAACUCGCACGUGUAUAAAGUUCCUGUCACGAACUUUAUUUAUUUUUUCAUCAUGUGAGAGACUCAUCCAAUUUGUAUGAAAUAUUACGUUCCAACUAGUUACUUUCAAUCAAUCUCGGCCACGAUUUUAAUACUAGUAGUGGACUGGAAAUAUUUGUGUCAGUAUAACUUUUCCCAUUAUCAUUCCUCUAUCAUUCUUCUGCAUGUAGUAAAAAAUCUUGCUAAAAUUGCAUGAAGAAUGUUCCACCAGUGACUCACAGCCAGUGUGGACGAAAUGUAAAUCUUAGCCGAGAUUCACUCCCACGAGCGUAACCUUCUUGUUAACUUUCUUUUUUAUGCUUCAGCAAACGAAAGACUUUUCCAAAUUGGUUAAAGGAUUCUCCAACCAGUUUCUGCCAGCCACUGUAGAGCAAAUUUGAAUCUCACUGUAAAUCUCAUUUUCUUUCCUAUAUUUUUCUUCAGCAUAUGAAAGACUUGUCCAAAUUGCGUCGCCAUGUUGACGAGGGAAAGCCACAGGCUGAAAAAUCAACCCACCAGCCACCAGUGUUUUCUGCAAGUUCACCGCUUCCAGCGGAUACCACAUUACCUGUCAUGCGCAAGAUGAUCAGCUUUAUUCUUAGUAUGGACUCUACUUGCAGCGUGGAGCUGUUUUUGAUUUCUUGCAAGGUACGUUACACUGAGAGAACAAAACCUGUUAUGUUUGUCCUAGUUGAUAAGGUAAACUGGGCGCUGUAAAAGCAAUAUACUUGAACUUGGCAGCGUGAAAAGCAAACAAGUUGGAAGCAAAUCUGAGUUUCUGAUAAGAUUCGAACCCAUUCCAUCCCGGAAUACUGGUGGAGAGAAUUAAGUAUCCUACUUUUUUGAUUAUUCAGCCCUUUCGAAUUUACUCCUCGACCAAGUUAUGUCGAGAUUAUUUGUCACUCCAACUUCCAAAACCGUGGACGAAACUGGAUGGUGUUACCAUUCAAAUGAAACCUCUUUAGCAGUACUUUGACUUGGAACCAGUAAUUUAGUUUGUAUUUCAAACUUUUGAGUCUGUCUAUGAAAUCCUAUUUCGUGACCAUUCAAUUAAUACUCCCUUGUUGAACUUUAGCAUAGUACAAUUUACUUCUUAAGAUUUUACACAGAGAAAUGUGAAAUUUUUUGAGAAUUUUUUUGGGGUACUGCUUCCCCAUAGCGCUUGAAACUUUGAUUUUCGUAUUUGCCCAUGAUAUUAUUGAUUUAUUCCGUCCUUCCCUCCUUGUGAUUUUUACAGGUUGUAGCCCACUUGGCUUGUGUAAGUGAACCAAGUGUUUGCCUUACUGAUGUCAUCACUGAUGACCAGUUGGAGCAGCUGUUAGAACUGUGUGUGAUGUCAAGUGAAUCCCAGUCUGGUGCUCACUCAGCGGGACCCUGGACUUCUCAUUCUCUUACCUCCCUGCUACAGGAUCUUCUUCAAGGUGUGAAAUCAUGGUACUCUCCCUAAGAGCUAAGUUUGCGGACAGCGUGCAAUCCAAAUACCUGUCUUUCAAUGUGUUAUUUUAAAAACUGUGUGGAUCAAUUUGGGCUUCCUGGAAACUGACAACCUACCCCUCCCCUAAGCCAUCAUUUUGCCAUAAGUGAGAAGUAAGUGUUAAUGUCAGCUUAGGGGAGGGGUAGGUGGGCUGUUCCCCAUAAAUCCCCAUGAUCCUCAUGUUCCCCAUGAUCCAACUGUGUUUUGCUCUGCUUACGUAUGCAUCACAUACCCCUGCCACGCCCUCCUCCGUAGAGGCUCCCGCUGGGUAUCACAAUAAAAAUACCAAUAAUUAAAAACUAGUAACCGCGCAGGGGACGAUGGGAAGAGGGAAAAGGCGGGAGUCUCGGGCCUACCUUUUCCUCUUUCCCCUUCCCAUUGUCACCCGCGCGCUUUCUUUUUCCCUCUCCCCAGCCUCCCUACGAUCCAAAGAGGCCUCUGCUGAUGAGAGAGCCCCUGCAACUGAGUAAAAGCAACAUACAUUUGUAUGCUUUUGUUUGAAUUUCGAAAUUGAAAACUGACCAGUAUUGUAAUGUUGUUUUAGAAGAUCUCUGUAUUGUCAGUGGAAAUAUUCCAUUACUCAAGAAGUUCUAUGUACUUCGCGUUGUAGCGGAGCACCAUUGGUAAUAAAAUUUGGUUAUCUGUGCAUCCAAGAAAUUGUGGAUUGACAAAAUCGUCCUUCCCUCUAUGUUAGCGAAUGUGAAAUGACACACUAACUAUGAGUCCCAAGCGUAUACUAUCUAUGUUUAAAUUGAUAUUAGAGAUCCAUGUUAUGGUCAGUUAACAGCUGUCAAAAUAGGGUAUCUGCUGAGCAGUGUCACUUGACUCCAUCGCGGACUCUGGUCUACCAAUUAUUGAAGUGGCGUGUUUUGUAAAAUGUAUCUUCUGACCAGAUAUUGCUUCUUCAUGCUUUUCAAUAGAUCGUCGGCUCAGUUCCAUUUUUUCAAGAAGAAUUCAGUUUGCUUCUUGUUGAUCGCGAAAGCUGAAUUUCUUUUAUAAAGACGUUAUUAAAAAAAGCCCACGAGAACUUGGCUUUUGGCCUUGGCUAAAUCUAUACAUUAAUAUUACCACUUCUUCCAUUGAUAACAAGGUCUGUUUUGUGCAUGUGUUGAUGUUCCUUUUCUCUCCCCUGGGGUUUCUUAGGAAGGCAAGGUAACAAAGUAACAGUCAAACCUAAACCAGUAAUUACGCAAGGUCCUGUGGCUCAAGAAAAUGACAGCGACAGCUCUACAGUGACUCACGGCAUUUUGGUAGACAUUGAAAGCAGUGAUUUCUACGAGGACUAUGAGCUGCCUUCUGAAGGAGAACUUCAGACCCCUGGUUGGGUAGGGGAGUUUGUAGACAUUGGAAAUGGGAACGAUGUGCCACAACCAACGCCAGUGCACGAGAAACCGGCCGUGCUGUCUUCUUGGGAAGCAAAAGUUACUCCACCUCCCAUUAAGCUGUCAUCUGCCAUCGACAUGCGACUUGAGCUUGGUCUUGAGAUGGAAGCAGAGCAAGAUCUUAAAAUGCUGGAGCUUUUGCAAGCAGAGGCAAUUGCCAAGGCUUUGAGCACAACAGUGCCCCCAUCACGGGGAACGCCCAGUCUCACGAGAGAGCGUCCCACUCAAAAUGGAAAAACCGGUUUAGCAGAGUUAGCUUUGCAGUCCUCUUUCAGUAAGAUCUUCUCAAAACCCCAUGUUGAUAUGUCAUCUCUUUUGAGCGUGUGGCUGAAGAUUAAACUCUGCUGCAGCAGUUUGAAACUUGACACUGCAUCGAUUAGACUUUUGCUUUCUCAUUUGGUGAAGCAGCCGGAGUCAUCUCUUCAAACCCGCCACCUUUCUUUGCAAGUUCUUACAGUGGUGUCUGAUCAGCAAUUGAAAGCGUGUGCUGAUCAAGAACUGUUUACAUUUCUCAAGAAUGAAGAUCUUUUGGAUUUUUUAGUAAACCUUUUAUCCCAAAUACCGUCAUUUGGGGUGCACUCUAUUUUGCCCAGUCCAAAACCUGUGAAAGCAUUUCUAUCGUCUUUGCAGUCGGCCAUCGAAAGUCACAGUGAUGUCAAAGUUGGCAUGAUUUUCCGGGACCUGUUACUUAAGGUCAUUCUUGAACUUUGCAAAAGAAGGUAAUGUUCCGUAAAAACAUCUGCAAGUAACUGUGUUUGUGUGUGUUGAGAAAACCAGUUCUCGUUUUAUUGAUUUUAAUGUCAAUUCUUUACUGAUUUUAUCGUUCUCCGUUUAUUGAUUUUAUCCCAAAAAUGUGACUUUCUUAUUUCACAUCCGAUAGGGCUCUGUGUAUCACGAUUGGUGGUAUUCUAUACCUUUAAUGAAAUCUCUUAAAUUAGCAGUUUGUCGUAUCGGCGCAAUGCUCGCCAUCGAUGGAACUUAUUCUGUGUCUGUACAAUGAAUUUGAAGAUGUCAUAGCUUGAAAAUAGGUUUUUUUGCUUUAUCAUAUCUGGAAAAUCAUAAUCAGUUUUUCCUAAGGUCCCGUUUUCCUGAGGCCAGAUCAAAUUCUCCUCCUUUAUAAACUGAGUUGUAGUUUUCGUCAACUUCUUGCAGGCUUUCCGACAGAGGGACAGUGGUACAACUACAACCAGUCAUUGACCUCUUACUGGCAAACCCGAAUGUUGCAUCCCGACAAGCAAAACCUGAUGUCAUAUUGAGCCUGGUGAAUGUUACAGCCCAACUAACUAGGGAUUACCUCAAACACAAGAAGAGUGUUAGUCUUCUGCCGUCUGCUGAGAUUCUUAUACCAACCGCAACUGGAACUGGUGUGGACAAGCUAGAUGACAGUGCUUGGCUUCUUCAGUUGUUCUUUUUAAUAGUUGAAAUAUUGCAGGACUCUGUGACCAAACUGCAUGAAAACACACGAAAUCAUGAACCGCUUGUUGGUAGUGCCGCAGUGGAUAGCAGUAAAGGAUCGACUGAAGUUCAAGAUAUCACGAACACUAGUAACAGUAGUAACACGCUCAUUGACAAGUUGGUUUCUACGAAAGAGAUUCUUCUAUGCCUGAUGGAAUGCCUUAAUCAAUGCUCUUCUGACAAGCUUUUGGGAUCACCUAACUUAUCCGUGCUUUUAUCGCAAGACAAAUGGCCUGCGGAUGUGAAAAUCUCCGUGCGGCCUACUUCGAUUGAAGAUGGAGUCCUCCAACUGUUAACCGUAGUUCAAAAUAAUGUUACUGACAAUGAAGCGGUAGUUGAUGGAAUUAUUACAUUCCUUCAAAUGUCCAGCGCAGACACCUUACAGUCAGCACGUGUCAAACAUCUCUCAGAUCCUUUCUUGUGGCUCUUGUUCAAAGUUUUGAACUCUUCUCAGGCAGUAACUCAGUUUAGCCAGAAAGGUAAGUCUCAGUGAAUGCAGACUACGAGUAGUCCCCCAUUUUUCCUCAGGGAUAGAAGAGCGAGCGAAACGAGAGCGUGCGUGAAAAUCACCCCACGCGAGAAAAGGCGACACGCCUCGUCUCGCCUCUCUCGCGUGGGGUGAUUUUCACGCGCGCUCGCGUUUCGCUCGCCCUACUAUCCCUGAGGACAAAUGGGGGACUACUCGUAGUCUACAGUGAAUGGGAAUAUAAUAGAAUUGGCAGCUUACUAUGUGUGCCACGUUUUUGCAUCAUCAACAUUACCAAGAAUUUGGUAUUGUCCUAUGGCUACCCUUCAAAACGGUGGCCCUGGAACCUUUUUAGCGGUGACAAGCCACCUUCCCAAUUAAGUUAAUAAUACCGCCUUCUUGUGUUUCACUUCCUUAUCAAUGAAGACCCACAAAUGUGUCAUUACUAUGGCUCGGAGCGUAGGAAAUUGCAUUUUAGAGAGUCCAGUUUUGAAAAAUUUCCGAGGGGAACGUGCCCCCGGAACCCCCUAGAAGCAAGUGCAAGUCCGCCAGCUGAACCUCUGUAUCCGUACUUCCAAAUGCUACCGAAAACCCUGUUUGGUGAUCUCAAACGGGCUGUCCCCCAUGCGACAUGUACGACAAAUAGCCUACGUUCGAUAUAUUAAAAUUCUAAUAUGCCUCCGAAGCUUCCUGGUCAUUUUUAUUAUUAUUAUUUUGUUUGGUUUUCCUUGUACUCAGGUGUCUUCUGGAAACUGCGAGACAAUGGAGUCGUGAACAAUUUGCAAUUUUGACCCUAAAGCCUUACAGUCAUGUUAGAAUUUUAAUAUAUCGAACGUGGGGUAUUCCCAAACUUGAUGACUUUCUUUGUUCUGUCUGACUGCCUUUGAUUCCUAGGUGGCCUUGACACGGUGUGCCAGUCAAUUGUCUCUGGGCAAAUAUCAUCACUGGACAACACCUCUAGUGGCUUGCUAUCUGUCAUGCAAGAGUUAUCAAGACAAUCAAGCAGAAGAGAAGCUGCCAAGAGCACAACAGCUGCAGAGACUGACUGGACCAAGAAAAUUGUGAAUUUUGCUCCUUAUGGUCAGUGUAUUAUGCGUUUUAAUAGCGACCUUUAGCUACGGGAACGUUGACGUCCCGGACAUCAUUAUAGCAACCGGAUGUUCGAUAUCUUGCUUAAUAAAACGUUUCUGAAUGCUUUGGUUUUAACUCUCACGAAUCUGUUGAGUUAGAGCACUAAAAAGGAGAGAAAACAUCAACUUCCGGUUGCUGUUUUUUUAUGUCCAGAAUGUCAACGCUCUCGUGCUUAAGGUCCAUAUACUCUGAGAAUUUCACAUUUGGGUAUAUUGUUGAACUGCUUUUUAAUUUGUAGUCAACAAAUACCAAAAUAAACCAGUUGAAAGGAAAAAACGAAACUAUAAAACUGCAGUGUUGUUGUUUGGCAAGUUGUAGCUGCAAGUAAAACUCCCCAUGAAUCGUCCGCACACAGUCAUGAGUUUGUAUUAGUAUUACGUUUAAGAUAGCUAGUAAAAAGACUGACUUUUUUUCUGUACCUAAGUUUGUGCGUGAAACCAAUGUGGUUUUUAUGAAGUGGUUUUGCCAUUGCUAUGAAAAGGAAACGCAUAUGUAUUUAAAAAGACGGAGAAGAGUGGAGAAAGCAACCAGGAAAUGUUGGGUUCUGGUGUGAAAACGCAUUAGAAACAGACCUCUCUGACUCCUCGGCGUUGUUGUCUGUCUGUUCGAGGCUCAAAUUCAGUCUCGUCCGGUCGUCCGAAGCAAGUAGAUAUUCUUGCUUUGCAAGUAACCUUUUUAUGUCCAUUUGUCGAAUGGGUAAGCCUUCUUAUAACAGGGGCAACCAAGCUAUGGCCCCGGGCGAGCAAAAUGCGAGACCUGGAGUUAAGACCUUGGUUAAUUUUCGUUUUGUUAUUGUUUUUAGUUUGUUUGUGUGUUUUUUCGAGUCCUGCCGUUGUAUCUGCUUAUCACCGAAUGUUAUUCUUUCCUCAGGAAGCAUUAAGUGUCCUUCAUCUCCAAGGCAUCCUCCUGAUGCUCUGUUGAAGGUCACAGCUCAGCAUCGUCGAGCGCGGUCUGCAGCGUGGUCUUACCGCUUUCCAUUAAAUGAAGAAUGGUGUGACCUUGUGAUUAGUCUUCCUACAGCCAUUUUGUUGCAUGAAGUUCAUAUACAACCACAUACAACGGGACUUUCAAGUAAGUGCUGGCCAUGUUUUUGUUCACAAGGGCUAUGUAACAAAUUUGUGUAAUCACAAUCUAGUGGAGCACUGAAACCUCGUGAAAUUUCCUUUUCCUGUCCACAAAUAUGAUAGAGGUAAAUCUGCAAUGGUAGAAAUGGGCCGAUUUUUGCGAGUACUUCUUACUACAAUCAAUUGUAGAUUCCCCUCCCUCUUAAACUUUCUAACCACUGAAAUUAGGAUCGAAGUCAAGAAUAGCGAUACUUAAAGAAGUGCGUCAUCUAGGUACGUUUCAGGGCCUAGUUUCUGAAAGGGUUAUUAGUGCUAAUCCAGGAUUAAUUUUCGAUACUGUACUGUCAAUGACGUCAUCAUAUUGACGUCGGUGACAAUAUAUCGCUCCAGUUACAUGUUCGAGACAAACAAAUGUUUAAAUUAAAAAAUUCCACUGAAAUAGUGGAUCGUUUAAUUCUUCCCUUUUAGCAGCUGGGCCAGAGUCCGACGAUGAACGAAAUUCGAGUAGUAUAAAAGCCUGCCCAGUAUCACUCCCGGUCUCAAAUUAUACAGAUAGCGGCACCUGAUUGGUUCUUAUGUGUUGCUAUUGUUCAACAGCCAAUCACAGUGUGCUAUUCUUUGAGAUAUUUGCUAUUUUAAAAACCCUUGUUUUUGCUUACCGGCACCUGAUUUAAAACUGGAUUGCUAUUUUUCAUCAAUCACCAAUCAGAUUCGAUAAAUAUUUGCCUUUUAUUUGAAUGUUUUUAUUAAAACUGGAUUAUGGAGCGGUCGAUAAAGAGUCAUUAAUUUUAGAACUAUUAUGCUGUGCUAAGUAUUUAUAUGUAACGUUAUCAGCAUGUCCUUCACACGUGUCGCUAGACGUCAGUAACGAUACUCAAGUUCUUGUACCUGUUUGUGAACCGAUUCUCACCUCUGGCAUGACAGUUAUCAAACUGAAACUUCAGGAUCCUCAAAUUGCCCAGGUAAAAACUUUCUUUUCCUUUUUUUUUGGCGUUUUUUGGUGCAUUGUAUGUACCAUGGGCGGUUAUUUUUCAUCACAUGGAACGGCUAUGUGCAACACAGGACGACCAGUCCAAAUUUUGAUGGGGAAGGCAGGCAUUCAUAUAAGAACGGAUUUAUCAAAAUUCACGUUCCCAAAGCGGAAUCGUUAGGAAAGAUCCGUUCAAGAUUGACGCUAUAGUUCCGUGUCAGUGCUGUUAUAGGUUCGUCACAGAAAAUGCGCUUUGGUUCAUGUAUUCAGUUUGUUUCAAAGAGUGAAUAGAAUAGAUUUAAUGUAUGCCAUAUCUUCAUAUUAAACCAUCAUGACUAAUUUUAUUGAUUUAGUAUUAUGCAGUUAAUAAUGUUGUUUUUAUUAUUUUUUCCUAGCACAUCCAUAUUCACUGUCACUGUCCACGGGACUCGCGGGGUAUGGGACUGUCUCAGAUCAAAGUCUUAGGAGCGUCACAAGUCAAUCACAAAACGGCUAAUCAGAGAUAAUAAUAAGUAUAAUUAGCAACAGGAGGAUAUUCACGGUGGCGCAAAGAUAUGAAUUUUAUUUUUGAGUGGCAAAACAAUAACGAACGGCGCGAGCGAAGCAGCUAGGCAUGUAUCAUUAUAUAGACAAAAUGACAUCGAUAAAAUAAUAGAAGGAAAUUACCAAAAUUACGUCAUCGAUAAACUCAGGUGUGAGAUUAUGGAGAAUAAACCACUCGGGUCCCGGAUGUAGUUUUUAUCAAUUUUACGAGUGGUAUAUUUUCCAGUGAAACACUCGUGUCUAUAUAAUAAAAAACGUUACUUUGGUUUUCUGGUUUGUCUCAACGGGUCUAAAAAAACAUGUAUUGCUCUCCUUAUUGUAGGCUUGGAUGGGUACAGUUACUUGGUCAGUGCCUUUCAAAAGGGCCUGAUCUGGACUUAAAAGAACCUUCGACUCUGUUGACAGACGUGUUCAGUACCUGUACGUCCUUACUGUUAACACCACAGAGGUAGGACUACUGCUGUUUCUUGUCAAAGAAAGCUAGUACCCCUUUAAGCCCUAAGAGUAAUCAGCAUCAAAUUUCUCCUUUUAAUAGAAUGCUUUGUAAAACAGAGUGGUGUCGAGAAUAACGGACAUGAUCACACAAAAUGAAUUUGCUUGAUAUUUUAUCAACCUCUCCCCACUACCCCUGUAGGAAUGAAUAGGGGUAACAAAUGAGAAUUCAAAUUUUGAUCAUAGGGUUUAAAGGGUAAUGCAUCGGUCUUGUAAACGAAGCAAACGUGAAACGUCAGAGUUAUAAAAAAAACUUAGAGACAGAUCUUGUUCUGUAGUUAUGGAUCAGACGUGCGUUAGCAAAUUGAUUGAGUACACUAAACUAGUGCUGUCUGUCUGUUGAUAUCAUAGAAUAGAUAACUACAAUCUCUGAAAAAUAAGCUACGUAGGGGAAGGCAAUUCGAUUUAAGGGAGAAGUGUACGGCGUGUUCCUUAGACUUACUAAAGUAAGUUUUUACAGUUUUGCCGUGUUUAAAUGUUAAUCUACUUUUCCACAUUUUAGUGAGGCAUAUUCCUCUUGUCUGGAAUUGGUGCUCAUGAAGUUGUCGAUACAGUUUCCUGAACUUGGAACCGUGCUGAUGAAACAGCUUCUGAAAUGUUCAGGUGAAAAGCAGAAAACAAGGUCACCUGUUGUGAAUGUAGCUACAGUGGAACUUAUAUAUCAACUUGGAAAGAAGCAGGAUUCUUCAUACGAAGACAGGUCUGACAUAACGAUUUAUGGUCUUGCACGAUGUUAUAUGAAGCAACGUAUGCUGUAAAUAAAAUUCAAGUAGCUUUCGGUUCUUCAUUCUUAGAUUGUCUGACUUGCUUAGCGUUCCCACUUGGCCUGUCGCAAGCAGAGCCAAAAUCGCGUGUAGUUUGUUUGCUCGCGUUGUCCGCGCAGGUAUUUACGUAAGUUCGGAUUCUUUCAUUGGAAUUUCUGGGUUUCUUCUUGUGCUGUUUGGUAUUAUGACACUUUGUAGAUGUAAAUAUUAUUGCCCAUUAAAGUUCUUUUGAUCACAGUAGGUGUAAUAUUUUCUCUCGUGUUUACGAACACAAAAAUGACGAAUACUCCCUUGACAAUCUAGCGAGACGUUUGUAUCACGUGAAAGACUAAAGCCGAUGCAUUUAAGAACUACUAUUCACUACAUAGCAAAAUGAGAGAGAACGAACCAAAGGCUCGGUCAACAUUUGACGAAGUUUUUAUUUCAAGAUAUCAUUUCGUUUAUCAUAGUAACCUUUUUUUUGCUGUAUAAUUCUUUCAUUUCUUUCAUCCUGAUGUAGGUUGUCAGUGAUGUCGUCAUGGUUAAUCUCCUUAUGUGAGUGCCCAGCCACUACCAUGGUAGCACCUGGUCAGGUGCAGGCGGUAGCUGCCGUAAUCUGGAAGGCCAAGGACACCGAGUCUGAAUCCAUUGUUACCAAAAAAUUUUCUGAUACGCUUUUCAGGUGCGUUGCUGUGUUAAUUAACCAAACUGUUAGUAAAUAUUUCAUGGUUAUCCUGACGCUCUAGUCCGCUACAUAGCCGUUUUUAGGGUCGUCACGCAACGCUCCUCCCCAGUUGCGUGACGAAACUAAAAACUGCUCCAUUGUGCAUGCCAAAAUAGUCUGAAUUUGAUAUGUACAAUUCACCCUCUCUGGUGUACUGUAGAGCUGGGAACAUCGACAUACUGUCAACUGAAGGUUUUGUUAGGCCUAUUACAGUACACUUUGACAAUGAAGUGUCCUCAUCAGGAGGGUUGACUGUCUACGAGAACCUGUUGAUUGGGCAAGAAAGAGAGUGUCGGUUGUCCGUAUUAACGGGUGUCCGUAUUAAGCGGAUUCAAUUUAGGGAAAAUGUAAAGGCUUUCCCGAGGGACAAAGGAAAGCGUCUGAAAUAACUAGGUGUCCGUAAAGCUGGGUUUGACUGUAUUUGAGAAAUCUUCAGAGAGUGGUGGGUGAGGAGGCUUAACUGCUGUUCGGGACUGCUGCUAACUGCUGUUCCGCUACCUUCCCCCCCCCCCCCUCGAAAAAGACUCUCUUCUCGGGAAAGAACAAGACAGGACCCGAGAAGGCGGCUGACGGCUUCACAGGUCUUGUGUCACCCCAAUGUUUUUGUUUCCAGGUUAUGCUGCUUUUACGCGAAAAAUUCAUGCUUCUGAAGCCUUUUCUUAAAUUUUAUUUCCUUUUCUUUUCAGGAGGCUGUUUGAGUUGUCUCAAAAUGUUAGCGAUCAAGAUUCUUUAAAGCAAAGCAUUGACCACCUCAUCGGUGCAUUAACAUACAUCUGUCCAGAGUAUUAUGAGGUACUUUUGGAGUUAACCGGGAUCAAGAACCUCCUACAAGAACAUCACAAGAAAGAAGGAAACAAGGAUAGCAUGUGGUCAACCCUUUUGUCGCCUCCAUCGCGGCUUGUAACACUUGCAACCGCUUCUCAGUCCUCCAUUACAAGUCGGAUGCUGUUAAAUUCUGGCCUUCUUGAACUGUGCGUUGAAACCAUUGUAGACUUCUGUCAUUCGAUUGGAGAUUUGACCCAAGAUUCGCUUGUAGUGAGCUCACCAGAAAGGAAAAGUGGUGUCCCUGUUAAUCUGCUGCCACAUCUUUUGCGUUUUCUCACGUCUUGUUGCCAAGAACCAGCGAUAAAGGACUGGAUGGGAGAAGGUGGUUACCAAUUUUGGUUUCCUCUUCUAUCGAAGCUCUGCGGGGGACAUAGUGAUUACAGUAAUUUGCAAGGGAGAUUACCAGGCAUAGCGUCUUCCAUCUCAAGGUACAGUAGCUUCGCGGUUGAAGUCGCAACCCUUGAACUGCUGUGUAGUUGUGUGCGUUUUCAUCCUCGAAAUCAAGAGAAAAUGGCCUGCCUUUUGGUUGAAAUUAUCGAGGGACAGGGUUCUUUGUCGUCAUCAAACUUGUCGAAAAAAACAGUGAAUACUACUCGAGUCAGUGGCUUCAUCCGACAGUUGAUCUUGAAGAUGUUGUUGGAGGACGAAACAGUUCCUAUCUGUUUGCAUGUUGAAAAUGAUUCAAACUUACAGUCGUUUAGGGGGACGGAUUUUUAUCAUAGACCUGGUUGGCACCCUCGCCUUGGAGCAGGACACUCAUUCGUGUUGCUUUCUGCUAAAAUGUCAUCAAAUCUUCAAGAGCUAAGCAGGCAGAUUCUUUUACCUCAACCAGAAAAACAUGUUGAGACAAUUUCUGAGGAAAAGACCUUUAAAUCGUCAGCUGAAGGAAGCACAGACCCGUGUGACUUUGGUCUGUACGAAGGAUUUGAAUUUCUGGAGUCUGUUAGCCUUGCUGCGGGGCUGAACGUAAAGAACAAAAGGGCGGACAAAAGUGACACGUUAUCGGCCAAGGACAACCCUGCUACCUUACAGAGUAUCAAUCAAAAGAGUAACUUAUCUUACUCACUUUUUCAUGAGAUCUUUGGUGAUAAGUCUUUGCCACAGUCUUGGACAUUGGCUCAAUUAAUGCAGUCCUUGAUAAACAGUGGACUUCCUUGUGGAAGUUCGUUUCUUGAGCUGAGCUGUAGGAAGCAAGAAGAAACGAAGUUGGUAGAUUCCUUGCCAACUGUUACGUCGUUGUCGACUCCCCUGGACAUCUUUGCUAAACAGGAUGGGCUUGCGCAGUUGUCAAUUCACUUGCCACGCCACAUCAUUGUCUCCCCCUCAGUUAUUCCAGCUACAGACCUCGAAGAUAGGGAUGCUGAUGACAAUGGCGUAGGUAGACUACCCUCGUACCCCACACAGCUUCCGCUGCCUCUGGUUUCUCUCCCCGCAUCAGUUGCCAGUACUGUCCCAGCUCAUUCUCUUGUUGCAUUUGGCUUGUUCAUUCGCCUUCCAGGGUACAACAAAGUGCUUUUACAGGAUCGUCGCAGAGCUCGCUAUCUUCUGAGGCUGCUUAUGGGCACCAAGCAGGAUAGUGAUGGAGGUAAGAGGUAACAGGUCGUUUCGCCUGAAAGUCGAUUAGCCCGAAGUUGUUUCGCCCAAACCUAAGUCGAUGCGUCCGAUGUUUAUUUUGUUGUUCUUUAAGCCUGAGAAAGGAGUAAGCGUGAAAAGAUAGUGACUACACAUGCGGAUCAAAAACUUUUUCUUGUGAAAACUUCACACACAAAAUAUAUAUCAAAGCACUUUAAACCCUCGAUUUAGUGAGAGAGCGAUCUGGUGGUUCACUCUUUUAACCUGGGCUUUGAUGUCCAGGACACUAUUUAACCCUUUCACUGCCAAAUUUAGCAAAAAGCAAAUUCGACCAAAUGUUCAAAUUUCAUUUUGUGAAAUUUUGACAAACAAAUAGCACUAUAUGUAAGUACAGGUAGAGAGCUUUCAUUUGAAUGGUCACAUCAUAGGAUUUCGUCUGCACACUGAAAAGUUAGAGUCACCUCACAAAACUCCAUCUUCCUCUCUGGCAGUGAAAGGGUUAAUUCAAGUCUUCACGUUUCAAACUUGUUUAGGCCGAUCAGGAGGGAAGAAUGGGUCGGCUACGAAGUUUGUGCAGUUGCCAACAGUUUUUAUGUCAAACAUUCACUAUAGAGUGCUUGUACCCUCUUAAAAAGGAUUUUGCCGUAGAACGCGUGCUCAUUGUUAAUGUUUUCGUGUUGUUCAAACCUGGCACUUAAGUGUGGAAAGUGAUUUAUAGUUUUCAGAAGAGUCAGGAAAACUUGUUUUCUUGCGAGAAACUGGGUGGAAACUGCUUCUCAGAUCCUAAAAGCUAAACCACCUUGCCCAUGGAUAGAAUAAUGUUUUGUUUGGCCGUUUUUUACCGAGCUGUUGUUUUUUAUUCACCAUGGGUCCAGUUGUUACAAAGGCCGAUUGGCAGGCACGAUAGUAACCCGGCGUUAAAUUUUUAACCCUGGUUUCCCUGUUAUUUUCUUGUUUGUGUUCGAUGGGAAAAUUGAGCAUUUUCUCGGAUAAUUUUCUCUGUUAUUUUAAGAGCUCCCAAUCAUCAACUUGUAGACAAAAAGAAUUAAAACUGAACUGCUUUUUAAGCUUUCAAAUCUGAAUUCGAAUCUCGCACUAACCCUGGGUUAUCUUAACCUAGCUUUGAACAACUCGGCCCUAAUCUGUAUUUUUAACGUGAUGAAAGGGAAAGAAUUUCUUCGGACGUAGACACUGUCAAAUUUGAGCUUCUUAUAACUGCGGUCAAACCAAAUAUUGUAACAAGCGAAGCACACCAAUAUAAAAUCUCACGAACUGUGACUAGCCUAGCAUAAGGCAAAACAAACAAAUGGCAUAGAAUAUUUACUUCGUUCGGUUUUAUGCAUGCUAAACACGUUUAAGCCAACAGUAGAAGCCGUGAAAUGCAGAGCAAGUAAUUCUGAAACCAUUCUGUCAUUCCCAAUGUAUGUUUUUGUUGUAGAAUCUAUCCUGUCCUCUCCAGUAGCCAGCAGCCUGUCCACCCUGCCAUUCCAGAUGUUGUCCACCCUGUUCCAGGAUGAUACAUUGACUUCACUGGAGAGUGUAGCAGUUCAGAGGGCAGCUAUGGAAGUUGGUGCCAUACAGAUGGUUUUACUGUGCCUGGCAGUGCUUAGUCACCACAAGCCGCGUGCAUCUAACCACUCUCACAAUCUGGCCCUGCAGGCACUUUCUGCUCUGACUGGAAGGUAAGCUUAAUCCUUUAGACCCCAAUAUCCACGCACAAAUUCUCCAGACGGGUCUGCAUUCAUUUUCUUAAAUAAUUAGUUGGGAGAAUUUGGUAUUAUUUUCCUUUUGGUGAUCAUUUUAUAACUUCUCAUAAUCUUUUCUCUUGAUGAUGUAAGAAUAUUGUUAGGAGAAAACUGAUGUUGGUCACUCGUGGGACUUAGAGGUGAUGUUACACGAGACUAUUUGUGACGACGAUUUUAAGGGCAACCCAGCACAUUAUGUGGCGACAUUAGUGUGUUUUGUGACUCCUGAAUUUUAUGUGGAUAAAAUCCUGGGGUGCGAUUCAAAUGAAACCUAUUCAGCAGUCCUUUCACGUGGUAAUAUUUGUUUUUCUCCAUUUUCCAAAUUGAAAUUUGGAAUUUUUGCUGAAGUUUGACUUUCGACCAUUCUGGGAGUAAAAGUUUAACCUUUUUUUCGUCCCAUACUCGGGUCAUGACGAGCUAUAACCGUUAGGAUUGUCUAGCUGCUCAGUCCUACCACUUUUCUUUAAUUUGCAUUUCCUUUCUCAUGGUACUACAAUGUUGUACGCUUGUCUCGAGGAAAUAUGAUUUAUUUUCCUUUCCAGCGUAUGUCGUGAUAACGAUACAGGAUCAGGCAGUGAGAGGAGCUACUGGGCUAAAGGAACAGGCUUUGGCACAGGAUCCACCUCUUCUGGCUGGGAUGUGGAACAAGCCAUGCUGAAACAAAAAGCUGAAGAGGAACAUGUUACUUGUCUACUACAGGUAAAAAAAAAAAAUCCGUUGAUAGCCAAUUUUUGUGCGUUUUGAUUGGGUGCCGUAUUAAAACUUAAAGUCAAAAUGGCGUCUCGUCUCGCGACAGUUUCGGAAGACGAGAUUUUGAGAUGAAUGAAGCAGCUGUACCAACUUAUACGAAGAAAGCUAUAAAAGUUAGCUUUUAUUAUCGAUGUUUAUUGGAAGGUAGAUUUUUUUUCUUUUCCUUUCUUUCCUUUCUUUCUUUUUGUCCUUUUGUUUUGUUUUUGUUUUUGCUUUUGUUUUACCUCCUGAAUUUGUAUAGAAUCGCAAAUUAUAUAUUCAUCUCUUAAUCAUAAAACCAGCUCAUCUCAUUUAUCAAACUGAUUACGGUUCGGUAGAAAUUCACCAUUUUUCACCUUCUCCUCGGAGGACAGUUUUUUAGGAUCAAUUUAGGUCCCACCUACCCCUCCCCUAAGCCAACAUUAACACUUACUUCUCACUUAAGGCAAAAUGUUAGCUUAGGGAAGGGGUAGGUGGGUAGUUUCCCAGAAACCUAAAUUGCCAGCCUCAUACUGAAUAGUGAAUACUAGGUCUCUCCAAAUAGUUAUUUGUAAGUGUGCUUAUUUUGUAGGUUCUUGCAAGCUAUAUCAAGACCUUUAGACAAGAGCGCGAGACUGAUGAAGUGGAGUGUUCAGAAUCAAGCCUCGCGUUGUCACUGUUAGAGUUGUUGGGGGAAUCGUGUCUGAUUCCUGCUCUGUCGUCCUACUUGAGGAAUGACUCUGGUUUGUAGAUGUGCCUCGCUACAGUUAAUAUCAUUUCUCCCGUGACAGUUAUUUUUCUUGAUCCUGAAUUUACGGUUGUUUAAUUCAUUUGUUGUUGUUCAUCUUUUGGUCACGUGACAAACAUGUCCGUUAUCACUCGACAAGAAGGGAGUCAGAAGCUCGUGUGAAUCUCCUGUGAAUCUCCUGCCCCUAAUCCUGAUUGGGUAGAAGGGAAACUCGGGGGUGUUUAUAUUGUAGGUAAAAUCUGUUCUCAGGUCAAACCAGUGUUCACCAUAGUUUGAUUCAGAAUUUCCUGUGUUUUCAAGCCCUGGUUAUUCACAGCAGACAAAGAAAAUUCUGGUUUAACUUGAGAGCGGUUUUGGCUGAAAACAUUUAUAGCUUAACUGUGUGGUGGAAUCCCGUUAGUUCGAAGCUUCAGGGGAAACUGAAAUUGGUUCCAAAGAUUUUCUGGGAGGUUUGAACAAUGAGACGUAAAAUUACAUGGUCUGGUUGGUUUUGGUUUCUACACAAAUUUAUUCGGUGCAAAUAUGCAAGGUUCUAGAGACUAACCGUCCAAAGAUGGUAAAUACCUGCUUGAGUUUCAUGGGGUUGUAAAUUAGAGGGCAAACGGAGCCUUUAUUUAACCUUUUCUUUUUCAUUAAAGUGCUGGACAUGGCAAACGCCAUGUUCCUCUGUAUUCGGAAGGUUCUAAAGACUAACGGUCCUGAAUGUCCUCCGUGCCAUUGUCCUGAAUGUCCUCCGUGCCAUUGCCUUGUGCCCAGUUCUCUUGCCUCUGUUGCUUCCUCGAUCAAAUGGUUAUUCGCCAAGUCACCAAGACAGAGCUUCGUUAGAGGCUCCUUGUAUAGCCACACUUCUGGACAAGAUGAGGCAGUGUGUUGACACUUACUCUAGAACUUUACGGUUUGUAUCUCAACAUUCUAGAUGACAAUUUCACAAUAUAAAACGAGACGCUGUCAAAACGUAUACUUGGACUUUGACCUGUAACGUAGUUCUUAUAUUCUGAGCUUGGGCUGCCUGUGGCUUACUUUCGCAAGAGCGUGUUUGGUGUACAAUGAGCCCACCAUCGUCAGUGGCAGACUGCGCACGCGCAUUUGACUCCAGUUGCGUUCAAUGGCUAGACGAGAUUCAAACUUGGGUAUUUCCAUUGGACGCCCAGUUUUAAAAUAAGGAUUAGUGAACUCGUCCUCAAAUUACAUGCACUUACCUCAAUAUUAAGCGUGUUUCAGACAGGUUGUACAGUUGACUAAGUAGCCUUUUAAACCAUGAAAUAACCUUAACUUGUCGGACGAAUACAAUUUGUAUUGAUCCGUGGAAGUCAGCUACCUCGUGAAAAGGAAGUAGCCGUUCUUGUAUUAUUUUUUGACAGCUCAACUCAGUGGAAAAGAGAAGAUCCCACUCCAUCCUCCACCAGUGCGUCAAGCACCGCAGGUUCAAGCACAACAACCGAGGAAGACACUUCGGCAGGUGCAAGUCCAUCGGGAACAAAGGCACAAAUGCAAGGCUCAACAGAGGAAAAGAAGGACGCCGAGGCAGAAGGGCUAGCGCAACUUAUACCGGACAUCCAAGAAACUGCAAAGCUGUUGCAGCAGGUAGUUCAGAAAUUUCGUAAGCAGAAGGCCGUCCACACCAAGUCAACGGAAGGAACCGGAAAGGAGCCUGAAAGCGAAGCUGCAUCUCUCUCACCCGAAGAGAGGUAUUUGGCCAGCAUGAAACCUCUUCAGUUUGGUAAGUGUUGUCACGUUUCUGAGUUCCUCGUUGGGGGUGGGAAGUGAAUAGGGAGUCUGCCUAAGCUGUCUCGUCGGCGACGACACCAACAACGUAAGAAAAAGAAUAGCUUUGAAUUAUCAAAAAGAACAACUUUGCACGUGCUGUGCACUUUUUGAUACAUUUCUUUGGUGUCGCCGCAACGACGUACCGACGUAAAAAUGCCUAAUUUCGCUUUCUAUGGAGGACGUAAAUAAGCGAGGAGGGAUUUCUCCUUCUCUUUUUGAACAUGGAUAUUUUUACAGAAUUCGACUUCAGGAGAAUUCGGCUACGUUUGACAAAGUGAGCAGGUUGGUAUAAUCGCGCUGUAGUUUCGAAAAACGCAAAGUCGCUUUUUAAAUAACGUUUUUCGCCGCCUUCGCCGUCGUGGUAUCUCAAACUCCCUGAUGUGGGAUUCAUGACCGCGAAGAAACAAGAGGCUCAUCAUUGCGCGAUUUUAGUUGCUUAGGCCUUAUGCCUUCGCGCCUCCUUGUUUGUGUCUGUGGUCUCUGUCUGCCAUGAACUAUGCUAACAAAAUCGUAGAGGGAUAUUUUCUUACAAUCCAGUUGUCUUUUUCUUUUCUUACACCGUCUUUCUUCUUAUCAGGAACUCACAAGAUUGUGGUUGAAAAAGAUGGAAAGUUAGAGUUCGAUUCUGGUGGCUAUCAUUUUGCGUCUUCCGUGCGGUCAGCGGGUAAUGGUACUGGAAGUGGUGGUAUGGUGCGGGCCAGACGUCUAGCACAGGAAGUGUCCUCAUUAGCAACGUCACUUCCGCUUUCCUGCAGUUCGAGUGUGUUUGUCCGUUGUGAUAAAGAAAGACUGGAUGUAAUGAAGGUAAUGACCAAAAAAAUGUGAGAGUCGCCAUAAUUGUAAAGUUUAAAGAAAGGUAAAAGGGUUUUUUUUUUAGGGGAGCUCAAAGUGUGCGCGCGAGCAUAGCCUCAUAGCUAAGAAAAUUUGGUUAUCUAUCGUGACCGUACGUCCGUCCGACCGUCAGUCCGCAUUACAAGGCAACCAAUGUAAAAUCUCUCAGUUUCUAGCUAGUGUGGGAGCCUGCGACCUGGUAUUGCACGUCCAUGUUGUGGUCAAUUGACAGCUGUAAAAACAGGUUAUCCGCUGACCAGUAUCACAUGACCAUACCGCCGGCUCAGGUGCUUCAUGGUGUUUUUUUUUUACUGAUCGCAGGCUCAACUCCAAGUGGAUUUCUUUGCGAUGGUUACAAGUUUAUUGUUUAAAGUAGUUUAUAAAUUUAUUUACGCUUUUAGCCUUGGGUAAAUCUACGUAUAAUUAUCAUUUUUUUAGGUGCUUAUAACAGGUCCUUCGGAUACUCCAUACGCCAAUGGAUGCUUUGAAUUUGAUGUGUACUUUCCCCAGAACUACCCUGAAUCUCCCAUGUUUGUCAACUUUGAGACAACUGGUCAUCACAGUAUUCGCUUCAAUCCAAACCUCUACAAUGAUGGAAAGGUAACUGGUGCAAAGUCACAAUUUGAUCUGGUCGAUAUCAUGCGUUUUAUAAUAAAGUUCAGAUAUAACGCGAACUCUGAUUGAGUGAAAACAGUGCUUUAUGAGAGCAUAAAAUACGGAGUUAAAACUGUCACCGCCAUCUGCUUAUAGUUUCUUUUUAAAACUGGAAUUAAGUAAUGCGUGGGGAAUUUAACGGCUUCUUUGUCACAUAACAAAUAAUGAAGCCUCUGUCCUCUGUUCGGUUUCUCUCUGGAAGCGACUAAAUCACUCAAGAAGCCAGGAAAAACACUCGACUACAUCUCUCUACGCUUCGUGCGUGCUCUUGCCGCUUCCUGCGUGCUUUACAACAGAACAGAGCACAGUCAAGGCUUCUUUAUUUGUUGACUAGAAAUUGACCCAUUUAACUCAUAGUGAGAGCAGGCUGACGGCUCUGAAGGCUAAUUUUGUCGUAUUUCUUAUGUGGCAGGUUUGUUUAAGUAUCUUGAACACUUGGCACGGUAGACCAGAGGAGAAGUGGAAUCCACAGAAUUCAAGCUUUCUUCAAGUAAGUGAAGAGCAGCUCCUAUUCUUUACUUUCACGGUUGCAUUCAUUAUUUUCAAUUCAAAUGGCCUGUCUCCGACGUACAAAUAGGGCGGAGCACAGGGUGAGACUGUAGGAAAAAGCGGCGCAGGAACCUUUUUUGUCUCCAAUCGUUUUAUUUCGCUACGUUCCCCAUGAUCGCCCGGAACUAACUUAAAUCCAACGUGAAGUUGUGUUAGGUUUUCUUUCCUCCCGCAUCUAGCAUUUUUCACCUUUUGCUCGCCUAAAGUUGAAGUUCGUUUAAGUCAGUUAUGCUUGGUGAGCGUUCUUAGCCUAAGAGUUUUUCCAACUUAGGUUCUGGUGUCAAUUCAAUCGCUCAUUCUGGUUCACGAGCCAUACUUCAAUGAACCUGGGUACGAGAGGUCGAGGGGUACACCCGCUGGCCAGCAGAAUUCAAGGGAAUACGACGCCAACAUUUGUCAAGCAACUGUACGCUGGGCUAUGCUGGAACAGUUAAGGAAGCCUUCGCCCUGUUUUAAACAGGUCAGACUACAGCAUAUUGUAAAUAAGUACUUCGCUGAUCAACAGCACAUUCUCAUUGAUAUUCAUUAGAUCGGCGGUUAAAAUGGCGACGAAGAAUGGCCAAUUUGGUCCAGCGCGUGCGUCAUUCAGCGGCAGCAAUUUGUAAAACCUCUGUUAACCGACGUAAUCCUAGACGUUUCGCCAUAAACGGCAUUUUCAGUGACUUAAAGCGUAGGUAAAAAUUUCUUCCGGGUUGCAUUGAAGCUACUAUGUACGUUAACGGUGUGGACGAAGCCGAUUUCAAGCUUUCGGUUCUAAAAAACGAAAACGUCUCAGUAUGCUACAUCCGCCCAGUGUUCUGAACUAGGACAAGUUUUUUCUUUCUCGUGUUGUUAAGAAUUUGAAUGAUACUCAGGGCGUUUGUUAUGUCUUGUACAUGCAAUUAGGUUAUCCAAGCGCACUUCUACUACAAGAAAGAUGAAAUCCUGGCACAGUGCGAACGAUGGAUCAAAGACACAGAGAGUCUGUUAGCCGGGAGACCCGUGGGGCGAGCCAUAUCUCAUCAUGUACAGUCCUUGAAGCAGAACACAGUUCUGCUGAAACAGGAGCUGGAAAAGCUAGAGCCGCCUCCUGAACCCAGGGAAGGGGAGGAGGACAGUGAUGAAGAUAGUGAUUGACACUGUCACUCACUCAAUAAUAAUUGACAUUGUCACUCGCUCAAUGACGGAAUCGACAGUUGCAGCAACUGUUAAAUUCACAGAGUAUUCGGCGCGGUUAAGUGUUAACCUCCAUAGGCGCUGUGGUUUAUUGUGCAAUUCAAGGCGUUGUCAUUUGCGAAAUGCGAAAUGAGCUUUGACACACGUGGAACCGACACGUUUCAUUUACCACGCCUAAGAACAUUUAAAAUACACGAAAACUACUGCCAGGUAUUUAUCCUUCAAAGGAGCAGGAUGUGUGCGUGCGUGCGUGGUAUAACAUGACUACCGGGCCAUUGCUGUGUAAAAGUAAAGGACGCGAUUGCGUGUGGGACAUCAAGCGGUAAUAUGAAAUCACUUUGUUUCCUUGUUUGUACACCGCAUUUACUGAAAAGAAAGUAACUGCUCUACCAUCAAAUAAGAACAAGCUGAGUUAUCGAAUCAGUGACUGUUUCUUGCCAGCGUCAACGUUGUAAUUAUAUUCCAACUCGAUCUGGCUUCGGUUUCAUUCCCAAUUCACCAGGUCACCUCUGGAAAUAUCGUGGCACUCGUGGGCAUGUUCUCUAAUUAAGCAAACCUUAGAACUAAACUCUGAUUAGAAAAAAAGCUAGCUAAAAGAUGCAGCUAGCCUUAAAGCAAGCACAUAAGGUUGUAUGCAAUCCUUCUGUGGACCAGUUUCAGUUCCGAUGUUUUUAGUUAAUUACCCAAAACAUAAUAUGAAUAUGUGAUUCAGUUGAUUAACAGAUUAUUUUAUUACACUGGGGUAUCCGAACUCUCCUGACGCACCGCACUAUAUAAGUGGUAUUUGUUUAAAGACUCCUGACUUCACUCCCUACGUAAUUUUGAUUUACAAAGUAUCCUCGUGAGUUACUAUAAAUUGUAUAGAGACCAGUGCGCUAUAAGGGCAACUAAAUGGUUACAAUGAUAAAUAGAUGUCGCAAACAGUGGAUACUAGAUGGAGGGACUGAAUCGCAACAGCUAAAACCAGCCCCAGUUGUUCAAAAGCUGGAUAGCGCUUUCCACUGGAUAAAUCACUAUCCAGCGGAUAAGUACUAGGGAAACCAAUUGCGCUAUCCAGUGGAUAGAGAUUUAUCCAGUUGAUAGCGCUAUCCACUUUUUGAACAACUGAGACCAGAUGUAGUGACCAGCGGGGUUUGGCAGAGGUUUUCAAUGUCGUAGGGUCGCAAAGGUGGUUUCAGUAUAUGUUGUAGAGAAUUUCUGUACUGGGUUGUGGGGCUCCGAAUCGCUGAAUGGUACAUUCGCCGCUUUAAAAACGGGAAAGGAACUAGUGCCGAAAUAUGCCCGCAAUUGAUUCUGGGAUCGAUACUGGGGACGUGCCGGUCAGCUAUUGGCUUUUUUUCUUGUCCCCAGUAACAGCCCCACAAGACCAAUAUUAUCACUGAUGCACACGUGUCAACUCCGCGGUAUGGCCAUUACCUGUCCAUGGCUGCCACUACCGGGGUGAUAUGGUUGGGUGCAUGCGUAAGGUACUGGCCAUACCGUGGAGUUGGUUGCUUUAAUUGGUACAGUCCCACAAGUCUUGGCAACCGUUUACUCGGACCAGUUCCCAAAGUGGCGAAUUCUGCCCACUUCGACAAGCACCCUUGAAGGUUUACGUAAAAUCUUUAAAUUUAUUUAAACAUAGUUAGGUACUAACUAUGCAGAGAGUUCGUUUCAGGACUACUGUUAUUAAACAUAAGCUAGUUACCUGCGCGGGUGUCAAACGUUAAUAAUUUUUUUAAUCAUUCAUUGUGAAUAGCCAAUUCGACUUUUUAACAUUAAGCAGCAUGACUCAAUUUAGCUCAAUUCUUUUGCUCUCGGUCAAAGAGUUGUACUUAAGUUCCUCCCUCUCGGCUUUGAAGAGGUUGAGACUGCUGGCAUAGGGGAAUGAAGCCAUUCGUGCCAAGUAAAUUUUUCUUCUCCAUCUAAUAAACUUGUUUC